AUGAGGGUCUCUGCUGCCGCCUUGCUGUUCUUGGUGUGUACUUCUACUGAGACAGACAAGCGAAGUGCAGACGCCUUUUUGGGAAACGCGAGGAAGCGAUUGGCUCCAGCAAGUACUAGUGUUGGUAGAAGUCCUACCAAUCCUACCAAGAGCAUUGUGGUCUCGACAGCUUCGACGCUUCAAACGCCCAGUGGCUUUCACACACGCAACGAUACUUCUACUUCUAGUAGUAGUAGUAGUAGUAACAAGAAGGAAACCCACAAUGGAGUUCAUGUGCGUCUCGUCAAGAAUCCAUUUCAUCAUUUGCCAGAAGAGGAAGAUCAAGAUGGUGAAGAUCAAGAUGAGACUACUACUACCACUACCAGUAGUAGUGUAGACACGGCUGAUGUGCUGAGAGAGAUUCUAGAUGAAGCCGUCGUCUUUUACGCUACCGUUACGUCACUUACGUCAUCUGGUACGGAAUCUACAGGCACUCAAGACACCUCUCUGCUAGACACUGUACUGCAAGACACUCAGAAACUCAUUCAGCAUGUCAGCUAUGCCAUGAUCACUACCACCACUGGAAGUACUGAUGAUGACUCUACUGACACUACUAGCAGCAUCAGUGUGGUUCCAUCAGUGUCAUCCCCAUCCCUACUACAAGGCAGCAAGAACACUCCCAAGCAAGACAAGGCACAACAACUCGAUCAGGCAUUGAACAGGUACAUGAGAGCGGUGGAAUUGGGACCUGCCUUUGCCUGGUUGGCCAAACAGGAAAAACUCACCAUGGAACAAUUGGCACAACAGUUCAGAGACAUGGAUGAUAGCAAGCCAACUACAAACAAGUCUUCUUCUAAUGAUGCACCACAAACACCGGCUGGAGCACUCCAUAGUACAGGAGAAUUGUUUCUAUUGCUCGAUAUGGAACAACAACUGAAACAACUGCAAAACAAGGAAAUGAUCACUUCGGUGGAAGCAUUCCGGGAACGAUUGGACAAACUCAAGGCGAAAGUGCAGCACUUUUCACCAACGCCAACACAAGACAACAAUGACACGGCCAUGAACGAUGACACGGAACCAUCUACCGGUACUAGUAGUCAGACGGUGGUGGAGGAAGAACAAACAGUGGGAUUUGGACAACGAGUCAAAAAUGGUGUCAGGGACUUUUUCUCCAGCAAUGGCACCACACAAAAAGACACGCAACAAGAGGACGACACAACUACGUCGAAUCAGUCAUUGCCAGACCCAGAAGUCUUGCAGGAUUUGAUGGAUCAAGCCAAUGAUGUACUCGACAUGGCAGCGGACAGUGACAGUAUCCUCGAAUCUGUACAGGAAAAACUGGACGUCUUGAAGGAGGAAAUACAGUCGCACCUCGACAAUCCUACCGCCAUGUUGCAAGAAGAAGAAAACGAUGGCCAACCACAGACACGAACCAAACAUGUUGUCGCCAAAGAAUUGGAAGCCGCCUUGCAGUUGCACAUGCAACUCGGCGAUUCCACAUCCAAGGAACUGGUGGAAGAGUUGGCGGCCGAAUACAAAAUGGUGCCAGAAGCAGUGGAAGAAGAAGAAACGACGCCACCACCUCAAGAGACAGCGUCGUCGAUUUCGCAAGUGGCCAAACUCAUUCACUCGUUCCAAGCACGCAUUGAUGGGUUGGUGGAACAAGUCGAAGAGCUUCUUCAAAAAGAACAUAUAGCGGCCGCGGCAACCACCAAGCAAGCAACCGAUGCUACCACUGUCGUGGACGACGACGAUGACAUUUUCAUUGACGCGGUCAUUCUCGAAGAACAAAUACGAGCGCGUGAUCCUACCAUUGACUACGACGAGCCAACAUCGUCACAGCGAGAAGAAGUCAUUUCCGAAGAAAAGACACAAGCCCAACAAUGGGCCAAACAGUAUCAACAAGCAAAAGAGGCACGAACCAAAGAUCGAGAAAAUGCCAUUGAUGCCGCCAUUCUACCCGAUACCGCCAUUACCAAUCUAUUCAACAUUAAUAAUAUCAAUGGAUUAUGGGGUAUGGUUCAAGGGGUGGAGCCGGUUGCAGCAACAGAUGAGGUGGUUGAGGCUGCGGAAGACAACGAGCCAGUGAUGGAAUCACCAGUGGCAAAUGAUGAUGUGUUGCUGGAAGACCUAGCAACGGUCGAAACAUCUGAGGAGGAAGAGGAAGAUUCUACAGUGAUGGAAACGCCAGUGGAGGAGACACCGGUUUUGGAGGAGCAAGAUGCUGCUGCUGCCAUGGUGGAAGAAAUCCAAGACAAGGAGCCAGUGAUGGAAGCACCAAUGGCAAAUGAUGAUACGUUACUCGAGGAACUAUUUGAUGUUGAUACAUCUGAGGAAGAGGACAUUGCUGCAGUGUUGAAACCACCGGUUCUUGAAACGCGCUUGGAGGAGGCACCAGUGUUGGAGGCGCAAAAUGAAGCUGCCGUUGUGGAAGAAAUCAAAGACGAAGAGCCAGUGAUGGAAGCACCAGUGGUAGCUGAUGAUGCGUUACUCGAGACCGAGGAAGAGGACAUUGCUGCAGCGUUGGAAACGCCAGUGGAGGAGGCACCGGUUUUGGAGGAGCAAGAUGAUGCUUCCACGCAGGAAGUAGCAGUUCCGGAAACGGCAGCAUUCUUGGAUACCCCUGCUGCUGCCGACGAAACGGUGGAGGUGGAAGCUCAAACAGCAGAGGACCCUGUUCUGGAGGAUUCGCCGACUCUUGAUAAUGAAGUGCUCAAUCCGUCAGGUGUCGGCAGCGUCGAAGAAGAUGUUGCCAUUAGCGGAUCAUCGACGACAGAAGUUGAGGAGGAGUUGAUCGACAUGAACAUGAUGGAUGAUGUCAACAGCUCAUUCAGCGCUAUGAUUGAAUCUUCUAGUGCAGCGACCGAUGCAGUCACGUUGGUCAAGAAUGAAGAAGAAGAGCUGGAAUCCGAUGCUGCUGCUGUCGUCGAGGAAAUGUCUUUGGCAAUGGAAACAGCGAACAUGCCGGUGGAAGCCGAAACGGCGACAUCUACGGACGAGCUGCAAACUGCAAUCGAUGCACAAGGCACGGAUACCCUUGAAUCCGAGACGGAGGAUGCGAAAACAGCUCCAGAUCUCUCUGCUGGUCCUAGAGCGGUAAAUGUUGAAGACGCUUUGUCCGAACCGCUCGCCUUCACACCGGAGACCGCAGAGCACACAGCUGAUGUAUCGAUUUCGGAUGAGAUUCCCGAAUCGGUAGAAGACUCCUUGGGUGAGACGGGAGCCUCCGUGUUGGACAUCACGGAUCAAUUGGUGGAUGCGCCUGUCGCGAAAGAGGCCUCUGUGGAGGACUCCAUGCCCGAAAUUAUGGAACAACUCGUCGAGGUUGAGUCAGAGUCCCCCGAAGCUUCGGUGGUGGACGCGAGUACUCCCUCCGAAGUGGACCAGUCAGAAAUUCUGGGUGCCCCGCAUGAGCCAGUAGAUACAGAUCCCAGCCAGGUGCCAGAGCCGCUGUCCACGGUUUCCAAAAUCGAUGCAACCGUAGAAAACAAUGUUGUUGACGAGGAGGAGCCUAUUGAAGAGCCGCUGGCAACCGUUUCGGAAAUCGAUUCAAUCCUAAACAACAAUGUUGUUAAAGAAGACGAGGAUACAACUGUUGAAGAAACGCCGAUAUUGGAGGCACCAGCGGCAGCUGCGGCUAUGGACUCUUCGGACAUCGCCCAAGAAGUGUUGGACGCGUUAAAAGAGGCAGAAACUGCCCUUGAUUUUGCCAUGGACUCUUCGGACAUCGCCCAAGAAGUGUUGGACGCGCUAAAAGAGGCAGAAACUGCCCUUGAUUUUGCCAACGGAGUGUCUCCGCCGGUAGACCGCAAGGUUGUCAAAAACCGUCGUCAGAGAGCAAUCCACAGAGUAGCCGGUAGGGCGUUUGAUGUCACCGUGAAGGGUGCCAUGGGAAUCGCCAAUCGCCUCUCGAGAUUUGCCAGAUCCAAGGCAAAGCAACCUCGAACAAAAGAGAUGUCUCCGAGUGAUACCGGUACGCCGUUCUUGACGCAACCAAAGUCAUCGAGUUCGGAAUCUCCUUUCUUUGCAAGGCGUUCAAAGGGUCAAGAUUUGCCUUAUUCCGCGAAGGAUUUUGGUCCCACCAACAGCUCGCUCGGAUUAUCUCCACCAAGUUCAUCAAGGUUGUACUCGAGCCGAGGUUCCCAGGACAUUGAUUUGGUUCGAAACCAAACGUCCAACGACACGUUCAUUGCCGACGCUUUUGCCGGUGAUGAUGCUAUUGCUGGUCCGAAGCAGGUGGCAGUAUCACAAGUCAAUGAUAUUCUCGGGGAACUAACAAGAUUGUCGAAGCAGUCGUCAUCGUCAGAGGAUGCUGCCUUGAUCUUGGAGGCUUUGAAUGCAGCUGAUAGCAAGGAGAGUGCCCUAUCAAAGGUGGCUGCAAUUCUGGAGGAUAUCAACACGCGAGCAAAGCAGCCAGCGCCCACCAACGUCGUUGUUACACCUGAAGUGACAGAGAAUGGAAGUCAGGAGUUGGUGAGCAUCGACGAAGUAGAUGACGAACCCAUUCUCAGCGUGGAGAACGAUGACUUUGAAGAGCUCAUCGAAGAGGACGAUGAUAGCGAACUCUUGCUCAGCGCAGAGGAUGACGAAGAGCCCAUCGAAGAGGACGAUGACAACGAAUUCUUGCUGAGCACAGAGGACGACGAGGACGCAGAAGAAGAGCCCUUCGAAGAGGGCGAUGACAACGAACUCUUGCUCAGUGCAGAGGACAACGACGAGGAAGACUUGGACGUUGCCGUGCCUUCUGACGAGGACCUCCAAGUUCCCUCGACAGCGACGGCUCCAGAUCUAACCUCUGCGUCUACUGAUACGAUGCAAGAUUUGAUGCAAGAUCAGCUUCUUGGCUCUGUUGCAAACAACACAUCGACUUCUCCUGUGGUGAAAGAGAAGAUCACCGAAACGGAGACAGUCGCCAAAAAAGUAAAAUCUGCCAAGAAACCAUUCCCAGGCAAGAAAUCGGCCCCCCCAGUUGCCAAAGCAGUUGAGACCGUGAAAAAGCCGUUCCUUGGUGGGUCUGUAGACGUUCAAAAGGAAUCUGAAGCAGUCAAGACGGCUCCCGCGGCAGAGGUGGCUGUGCCUUCGGCGGUAGAUGACGCUGGCAAGGAUACUGCUGCUGCAACCCUUGAGGAAGCGGCCAUGUUCGAAGCUCAGGCGCCAACAUCGAAUGACAUUCCAGACAAGGCGCUUGUCUCUACAGGGGCCGACGAAGAGGCCAAUUCUGCUGCAACCCUUGAGGAAACGGCCAUGUUCGAAGCUCAGGCGCCAACAUCGAAUGACAUUCCAGACGAGGCGGUUGCCUCCACAGGGGCCGACGAAGAGGCCAAUUCCAGCCCAGAGGAAGCCCCGCAGCUCGAAGAAACAAAAGGCGAUGAGGAAGAAGCCAAGAAGGAUGAAAUCGUUGUUGCCGAAGCGCCUGCUGAAGCAAAUGCCGAUGCCACAAGCGAGGAAGAAGCACCAGCCUCUGCGGAAGACGAAGACACAAAUGCGCCACCACAACCGAUUGGCCCGUUUGUCGCCAAGAAGCCGGGAGCAUUUGGUCUGUCACCCGACAACAGCGACAACUAUUUUGGCCACAACGAGGAUCCUUCCAAGCCCAGUGAUCGUUUCAAACGACAAAUGCCGACAGCGAAUCCCGUUCAAGGCUCUGUGCUUCCCAUGGCAUCGGACAAGUUUGAAGUUUCUGCGGACAACAUGGGUCUGGAGACUCCAUCAACGGAGUUAAUCGCUUCCAAAUCGUCGCAGCAGAAGCCACUGCCCGACGUCAAGUUAAAGGGGUUGACGGCCGACAACAUGGGCCCGGAGACUCCACCAACGGAGUUGAUCGCUUCCAAAUCGUCGCCGCCACAGGCACUGCAACAGAACCCACUGCCCGACGCCAAGUUAAAGGCGUUGACGGCCGACAACAUGGGCCCGUCUGCUCCCCUGGAUGAUAUCUACCGGAAGCAAGAACAAGCCAUCCCCAGCGAACGGUUCAAGAAACCUCCCGCCACGCCCGGUGCGGAUAGCAAGCUGUCGAUGGAUGCGUUUGCGCUGAUGGGAGACAACAAGGGUUUGGCAUCACCUCUGGAGGAGAUUUACAAGAGCAAAAAGCUGACGGACGAUAGCAGCGACCUGCAGAGACCGAGUGACCGCUACAAAAAGCCGGAUAGUCCCAUGACUGCUGCCCCCGACACGUCGUUUAAACUGAUUCAGCCGCUGACAGGCGACAGCCAAGACAUUGUCUCUCCCUUGGAGGACAUUUACAGUCACAGGAAGCAGAUCCACGAGUUCAAGGGUGCCAAGACAACAGCCAAGGCAGGUCCCUUUACUACCGCCAAAGCCGUUCCCAAGCCUGCGGUCAAGCCCGGUCCCAAGACUUCGGCCAAAGCAGUUCCUCUGAUGUCACCCGACACGAGUCGUGUCCAACGAGCCUUUCCACGAGCACAACCGCAGAAGAAGGCGACGAUGAAUGACUUGCCUGCUGCACCAUUGCCCACCCAGAAGAACGUGCAAUUGCCAAAGCGACCAAGGAGGCUGAGAAGGAGGAUGACAAUGAGACGACGAGGAUGA